AAAUGGAAACACUCAGUGCUGACAUUCUCAUAGAGAUACUCACUAAACUCCCUCCCAAAUCCUUGUUCAGAUUGAGCUCUGUCUCAAAACAAUGGCAGAGUUUGAUCUCUGACAAGUACCUGAAAAACAAGCUCCCUUUGAUGCUCUCUGGAGUUUAUCACUUGUCUCACAGUGCAAAAGCAAGUAGUACUGUUGACAAGCCAAGGUUUGCAUGUUUUUCUGAAAAUGGUUUUGAGGACAUGAGUCUUGGGUUUUUCCCAUUCAAUCACAUCUCAAGUAUCAUUGAUUGUUGUCAUGGUUUGCUGCUUUGUUACUCUUCAGUGAAUGAUUUGUAUUAUGUUUGUAAUCCAAUCUUGAAGACAUGGUUUCAACUGCCAAAGGUUGAAAAGAGAAGCAAGUUAACAAUUUUAGCUUUUGAUCCUUGUCAUUCAAUGCAAUACAAAGCUGUUUGUUUUACUGCAUGGAGAGCACAGGGUGCAGAGGUUGAGGUUUAUUCUUCAGAGACUGGAAUAUGGACAUCUUGUUUGCUGCAUUUCGGUGUUGACACCGAUAAAAUGUCGGCUACAAUUCGAUACUUUGAUGGUGUUCUUUAUGUUCUUGCACUUCCCCGGUCUGUCGUCGGUGUUAAUCUUGAGACGAUGAGUUGUCACCGUAUUGAAUUGCCGGAGAAGGUGAGGCUUGAUGGUUGUAUUGGUAAGUCUUGUGGACAGCUUCAUUACUGCAGUAAAAAUGGAAAACAGAUAAAUAUUUGGGUGAUGAUGGAUAGCAAUUGGAGGUUGAAACACAGCAUUAGUGUUCAAUCAGAGAUGGUUAAAUUUUCCGCUUUUCAUCCAGAGUUAGAGAUUGUUUAUCUAUGGAUGCCGGGAAAAAUCAUCUCUUAUGAUUUGGUGAACAAAAGGUUUGAUGAUGUUUGUGAAUUUGGUUCAGAGAUGAAGGAUGCUUAUCUUAUUCAGAUGUGGUUGUAUCCUUUCUUUACAUGGUAAUUCUUUGUUGCUUUGCUUCAAACUUCAUGCAUUUGAUGUAAAGGCAUCAAUUUGUUUGUUACUUUAAUGAGAAGUUUGCUUUAUAUGCUUUGUUUC